UCGUACGGGUCAUGGAAAACCUGGAAAGUCAUGGAAUUUCGAAAAAAAAAUUCCAGGCCUGGAAAGUCAUGGAAUUUCGAUCAGAGUCAUGGAAAGUCAUGGAAAAUUGUUAUAAUUUGACAUUUUGCAAAAACCGAGAUGAAAAUAAAGAAAAUUCCUUGCUUUCACAAGUUUUUGUUUAAUAAACUAUUCCUUGUUUACGUGUUUGCAACGACAAACGCGCAUUUUUCCCCCGAUACCGUGUGAUACGUUUUUGCUGAGACCUGGGGCCGAGUCCCAGCAUCGCCAUGCGACCAGGCCUGCCACGAGGUAAAGAUGAGCUUGAGCGAUCAUUCAAGCAGAUUUAAUAUAUAAUGCCUGGAAAAUGCAAAUUCCAAGAUGCUUGGCUGAGUAACCCGCAGUAUAAUAAGUGGAUAGAACGCGGGAGUUCUUCGUCAGAGGCAAAAUGUAAAGCAUGCAAAAAGACAUUCGCUGUUCAAAAUAUGGGAGAAGCAGCAGUGAAAAGCCACAUGAAAUCGAAGAAGCACGUCGAUGCUGUUAAAGACGAGAGUAGCAAUGCCAGCCUCAGAAACUUUUUACCUGCUGUUGGAAGCCAGCGUGGUUCACAUGAAGUAGGACGCUCUGAACAGCCAUGUUCUUCCGGUGCCGGUGAUAUAAGAAAUUAUGUGGCUUCAAAUGAGACACUUGCUGCAGAAGUUUUGUGGGCACUGAAAGUAAUCUUGUCUCACUAUAGUUACAAGAGCUGUGAGGACAUUCCAGAACUAUUUAAACGUAUGUUUCCGGACAGCCAGAUAGCCAGCAAGUUUUCCUGUGGCGAGAAAAAAUGUGCUUACUUAGCUUGUUUUGGCAUAGCACCCUAUUUCCAACGUAAGCUUACGGAUGAAGUCACAAAACUUGAAUUGUUUGUUUUACUUUUUGAUGAAUCGCACAAUAAAGUUACCCAAACCAAGCAGAUGGAUCUGCAUGUUAGGUUUUGGGAUGCAAAGAACUCCAGAGUGCAGACAAGGUACCUAACCUCUGUAUUUCUGGGACAUGCUACAGCCGACGACCUUUUGGAAAAGAUCGUUAGCUACCUUGAUAGUAUCAAGAUUCAGAAGUCCAACAUAUUGCAGUUGUCAAUGGACGGGCCUAACGUGAAUUGGAAACUGCAUGAGCUAUUCCAGGAACUGAUCUCUGAGGUUGACGAAAACGCACCCAUCUUAGUUAACGUAGGCUCUUGUGGACUUCACAUUGUACACAAUGCUUUCAAAGCUGGAUCAAAGGCAUCUACUUGGAGCAUUCAGGAAGUUCUGUCUUCUCUUCAUUGGUUAUUUGUGGAUUCACCAGCACGAAGAGAGGAUUACACAGAAAUAACCAGCAGUGUUGUAUUUCCAAUUAAGUACUGCAAGCACAGAUGGCUGGAGAACCUGCCAGUUGUAGUACGGGCCCAGGAAAUAUGGAAAGAAGUCACUUUCUAUGUGACAACGGUGCAACGUAGCAGCAAAUAUAGUGUGCCAACUUCAAAGUCCUACAAGACGAUAAGAGAUUCAACCCAAGAUCCACUAAUGCCUCUCAAAUUUGCUGCUUUUGAGUCAGUGGCUAAACAGCUGCAACCAUUUCUGGUACAGUUCCAAAGCGACAGCCCUCUUCUACCAUUUGUGGCCAGCAGUCUAGAGAAGGUGAUUCGUGGUCUCAUGAAAAGGUUCGUCAAAGCUGAUGUACUCCAGGGUGCCAGCUCUGCAGUAAAGCUUCUGAAGAUUGACUUCAAGAAGAGGGAGAAUUGCCUUGACGUGGAGAAGUUGGAUGUUGGUUUUGUUGCUGCCACGAAGCUGAAAGAAUUGCAAGCAGCCAAGAAAAUCAGUGAUCGUCAGACAUAUGAAUUUAGGAAGGAAUUCCAGUCGUUCCUUACAGCUACAGUUGGAAAACUUAUUGAGAAGACCCCAAUUGCCUAUUCCCUUGCCAGGAACCUGUGCUGUUUGGAUCCGAUUCAUAUUGUGACAGAGAAAGAAGCAAGCUGUGCGAGGUUCAAGAUUGUCCUCAAGAAAUUGGUAGAAUGCAAGAGGGUUGAUAUUCAUGAUUGUGACAUUUUGUUGUCACAGUACAGUGAAUUUACGGAACGGGCUACACAGGUGCACAAGUCUGAGUUUGAAGACUUUGACUUUACAGAUCAGAGAUUGGAUGCAUUUCUCCAAAAACACAUUGGUCUUGUCGGUUCACUUUCCAAACUGUGGGACGUUGUGAAAUUCCUCUUGUGUCUCUCACAUGGGCAAGCAAGUGUAGAAAGGGGAUUUUCCGUUAACCGACAGCUAAUGAUUGAGAAUAUGAAGGAGACCACUUUCGUUGCCCAACGCACCAUUCAUGACCACAUAUUGAGUAUUGAUGGAUUUCAUAAAUUGGUCAUUUCGAACGAGCUUCUUACCUCUGCUAAAGCAGGAAGACAGCGGUAUCACGCCCAUCUUGAAGAGCAGCGACAGCUUGCGAAAAAUGUUGCCAAAAGCCACAAACGAAAAUCUGUGGAUGAAGCAAAAGCUGAUUUCCAGAAGAAAAAGAAGAGACUUGAAACAGAGAUCACCACCUUACAGUUUGAUGCUGACAAAUUAGCUAAAGAGGCUGAGGUGAAGAGGCAGCUCGUCUUGUUAACCGAAUCAAAUGCACUCAAUGCAGCAAAGGAGAAGAAGAUAGAACUAGAAAACUUAAACAAGGAAUUGGAAGAGUGUGAUAAAUAA